AUGUUGCUCGUAAUCUUUAUAUUGUGUGCCGUGUUCGGGCAAACUCUUGUCGCGCGUUCUCUUAACGACUUAAACUUCGAGAGGCAAAAUAUUCUAGACGAUGAAUUUGAAAUGCAAGUUGGCGGACGCCUGCGUCUCACAGAUGAUGAAGUCACAGCAAACGAAAUCCUCAUGCAAUGGAAACGGUUAGAAGUAUCCCAAGCAUUCAAUAAUCCUCAAUACUCCAACUUCUCAAGACACUAUUUCACCUAUAAGCAUCAUAUUGACAAGUCAAAUGUCUAUCAAAUUAUACGGAAAAUGCCGAAGGGCGCCGCGCUUCAUGUUCACAGCACCCUCAUGCUGAGUACCGAUCGUGUAAUGGAGCUAACAUACGAGGACCACUUAUACGCUUGCUUCGCGAAUACAGAAUUACACUUACAAUUCUCCACAACUGUACCCAUACGGCCUUGUCCAGUUGAGUGGCGUCUUUUGAGCGAAUUAAGAAAUGAAUCAAGUGACGUCACUUCCUUUGAUACGGAGCUAAGGAAAUACUUUAGUUUGUUUACAAAUGACGAGCAUAUCACGAAUGGCGAUAUUAACUAUACGUGGGAUAGAUUUAACAAAAUCUGUCGAACUCUAAAGUAUUUGAUAUCAUACAGACCUGUAAGGGAGAAACAUUUCUAUGCAGGCUUAAAAGAAUUUUACGAUGACAACAUAAGAUACAUCGAGGUAAGGAGCGGAUUAACAAAACUAUAUGAAUUAAAUGGCACCGAACACGAUUCUACUUACUUGGCUCAUCUAUUUGAUAGAGUCUCGAAGAAGUUUAAAGAAGAUCACCCCGACUUCUGCGGAAUAAAACUGAUUGUUACGCGGUGGCGCGGUAUCAACAUGGAGCAAAUGCAAGAAGUGAUAGACGUCGCUCGUAAAGUGAAAAAAGAAUUGCCCGAUCUAUUUGCUGGAUUCGAUUUAGUGGGGCAGGAAGAUAAGGGCAAACCUCUGAAAGAUUUUCUUCCCCUUCUAGCUGCUCAGGACGACUUGCAAUACUUUUUCCACGGCGGUGAAACAAAUUGGUUUGGAACUUCAACCGAUGAGAAUUUAGUGGAUGCGAUCCUGCUUGGUUCAAACAGAAUAGGCCAUGGUUACGCAUUAAUCAAGCACCCAGCUCUAAUGGCAGCAGUGAAACAGAGAGACAUAGCUAUAGAAGUGAAUGUGAUAUCCAAUGCUGUGUUAUCGUUAGUAAGUGAUGUCCGGAACCAUCCACUGGCUGCGUAUUUAGCUUUAGGCUUGCCUGUGAUUAUAUCCAGCGAUGAUCCAGGGGUGUGGGAGGCAGAUCCUUUAUCCCAUGACUAUUAUGUUACAUUCACACGUGUCGCUAGCAAGAAAACGGACUUGCGACUUUUAAAACAGUUAGCUAUAAAUUCUAUAAGGUAUAGUGCAUUGGAUGACGAAGGUAAAACGUCAAUGUUUAAACUUUUUCACAAAAAUUGGUUAGAGUUCAUACAAAAUGUAAAAGCGGAUAAACGUUUAACAGACACGGUUUAUUAG